UUACCCGGGCCAUAAAGGCGACUGAAAGCCGUCGAGGGCGUCCUGUUGACCUGCGACGAUGCCCGUCUCUCGCUCUUUCCUCGAUGCGUCGAUUUCUGACCUGGUGAAGAAACUGAGGGUCGAUGAGAAAGUCUCGCUGCUUGCUGGGCCGAACUGGUGGAAUACGUCUGCUGUCGAGCGUCUGGAGAUCCCUGCCAUCCGUAUGAGCGAUGGUCCUAAUGGCGUCCGCGGUUCGUCGCAUUUCCUGGCUACUCCUGCCCAAUGUCUACCUUGCGCGACGGCCCUUGCAGCCACCUUUGACCCGGACCUCGUUCACGAGGUUGGCGAGUUUCUGGCGGAAGAAGCGAAGAUCAAGUCCUCUGUAGUCCUCCUUGCGCCGACGUGCAACAUCCAGCGCAACCCCCUUGGCGGACGUUCGUUCGAGUCUUUUUCGGAGGAUCCACAUCUGUCGGGAACGCUAGCUGCUGCGUAUGUGAAUGGGCUUCAAUCCAAAGGCGUCGCUGCAACCAUCAAGCACUUCGUUGGCAAUGACCAAGAGGACGAGCGCACUGCGGCUGAGUCUGUGAUGAGCAAUCGUGCUCUGCGGGAGAUCUACCUUUACCCCUUCAUGCUGGCCCAAAUUCAUGCUAAGCCAUGGGCGUACAUGACAUCCUAUGGGCGCAUCAAUGGAGUGCAUUGCUCGGAAAGUCGCGAGUUACUGCAAGGUAUUCUACGCGACGACUGGGGGUUCGACGGCAUCGUCAUGAGUGACUGGUACGGUACAUACGGAACCGACCAACCCCUCAACGCCGGCCUCGAGCUCGAGAUGCCUGGUCCUCCCCGCUGGCGCACGCUCCUACUCAUGCUGCACACUAUGUCCUGCCAGAAGCUGCUGGCCUCUACACUCGACGAGCGCGUUACAAACAUGCUCACCUUCAUCCAGCGGCAGGCGAAGCGGAACCCAGAGAUUGUGUACGGGGACGGCAAUGAGGGGACGCGGGACACGCCCGAGAUGCACGCGUUCGGGCGACGGGUGGCGGGUGAAAGCAUCGUGCUGUUGAAGAAUGAGGGCGGGGUGCUGCCGUUGACGAACAAGGUGAAGAAGAUCGCGAUGGUGGGCCCGAAUGUGCAUGGGAGGGUGAUUUCGGGGGGCGGGUCGGCGGCGUUGGCGCCGAGUUAUGUGGUGACGCCAUAUGAGGGCCUGAAGGCGGCGCUUGGGGAUGGGUACGAGAUUUCGUAUCAUGUUGGGUGUUAUGCGCACAAAUAUCUGCCGACCCUGGAGGACAAGCUGAAGACGCCUGAGGGCGAGCCGGGUUGGAAGGCUACGUUCUACAAGCACGACGAGAACGGCAAUCCGACGGAGCCACUGGCGACCUACAUUCUCAAGGACACUCGUCUGAAGUUGAAUGACUUUAUCCUGCCGGGCAUCACGCCGACGUGGACGAUUAAGGUCGAAGGCGACCUUACUGUGCCGCGCUCGGGGCCUUUCGAGCUUGGGCUGACUGUCGCUGGACGCGCGAAGCUCUGGAUCGACGGCAAGCUGACGAUCGACAACUGGACGAAGCAGACGCCAGGAGAUUUCUUCUAUGGACAGGGAACCAUUGAAGAAAAGGCCGUCGUUGACUUGGAAGCUGGCAAGCCUGUGCGCCUCAAUAUCGAGUACACGAACACGCCUCCGCCCGACCAGGAUUCAAAUGACGAGAGGAGGAAUGCUCAGCCGGCGUUGAUGAGGGGAGUGAGACUGGGCGGUGCGGAGAAGAUUGACCCUGACAAGGCUAUCGAGGACGCCGCUGCCCUGGCAAAGGAGUCGGAUGUGGUGAUCUUCGUGGGCGGACUGACGCCAGAAUGGGAGAGCGAGGGCUUCGAUAGGCCCACGUUGUCGAUGCCUGGCCGCCAAGACGAGACGAUUGCGAGGUUGGCAGAGGCAAACCCGAAGACGAUUGUUUGCAUCCAGGCGGGCUCCGCCGUCUCUAUGCCCUGGAUUGACUCCGUCGCCGGCGUCCUCCAGACCUGGUAUCUGGGCAACGAAGUCGGGAACGCCAUCGCGGACGUCCUGUCCGGCAAGAUCAAUCCAGCGGGCAAGCUCCCCAUCACUCUUCCGGUGAAGAAGCAGGAUAUCCCGGCGUAUCCGCACCUGGGAAGCGAGAGGGGGAAGAUAUACUACCGCGAGGACGUGUUUGUGGGAUACAAGCAUUAUCAGACGCAUGGGGUGAAGCCGCUGUUUCCGUUCGGGUUCGGGCUGUCGUACACGACCUUCUCCUUGUCAGAUCUGGACGUCAAGGUUGCGAACGGCCCGGCGGCUACGGUAUCCGUCAAGGUCAAGAACGACGGACUCGUCGCGGGCUCUCAGGUCGUGCAGGUCUACGUCUCGUACCCUGACCUUGGCAUUGCGCAGCCGGAAUACCAACUGCGGGGCUUUGCGAAGGUGAAGGACAUCAAACCAGGUGAGACGCAGGCUGUGCAGAUCAGGCUGGAUAAAUACGCGGUGGCGCAUUGGGAUGAAAGAGAGGAUGCGUGGGUGGUGACGCCAGGGAAAUAUGGAGUACAUGUUGGGUUUAGCUCGGAGGAUUUGUUAUCGCAGACGGAAGUGGAGGUGAAGGAGAGGUUGAAAUGGCGGGGUCUGUAGAUAUAUUUACUAGAAAGGAAGUAGCCGAGAAUGUACCCAUUGUUCCUUGAAUGUCGUGAAUCAAUCUCUUGAACAGCGCAUUCACAGCGCGAGAC